ACGAAACUCUUUCUUGCGAUUCCACUGUUCCUUAGCGUUUUCCGUACAUGCAACUUUCAAUCAAAAUGGCGGCUUCUUAUAGCGAAAACGAUUUGAUUGACAGUGAUGGACCCAAUGCUGUGCGGCUGUUGAACAGUCUUACUGAACAGGUGGCAUCAGUUACAGGGCAGGUUCGAGAUUUGUUAAAGAGGGUCCAAGRUGGAAAAUUCCAAACAUCCAAGGGUUUGUCUUUCCUUGACCUUAGAUAUCAGCUGCUGCUGUUUUACCUGCAAGAUGUCACUCACCUGAUCAGUCUUAAAUCAGAGGGUGGUAGUGUGAAAGACAGUGGCGCCCUUCACAGACUGGUCACCGUCAGAACAGUUCUGGAGAAGAUGCGCCCUCUGGACCAGAAACUGAGAUAUCAGAUUGAUAAAUUGGUGCGCACAGCAGUGACUGGGAGCUUAGGGGAAAAUGACCCAUUGCAGUUCCGUCCCAAUCCGGAUAACCUUGUUAGCAAACUAAGUGAAUCAGAAGACUCAGGGGAUGAAGAUGGAGAGAAGGCUAAAGGCGCUGAGAAAAAAGUGCCAUCUAGUGGCAAGAAAUAUGUUCCCCCCAAGAUUGCCCCAAUGCACUAUGAGGGAGACCUGACCGAUGCAGACAAAAAGAAGGAGCUGGCGGACAAGCAGAGGCGUGCCGCCCUCCGCAGCUCUGUGAUCCAGGAACUCCGGCAGCAGUACAGCGACGCUCCCGAGGAGAUCCGCGAGCACAGGGACUUCCAGACGGAUAGACAGAGCCGAGAGCAGCUGCACAGGAAAAACUUUGAGGAGUCGAUGAUGGUGCGUCUGCAAGUGCCCCGAAAUGAGAGAAGUGCUAAGAAGAGAGGAAUGCUGGGCAUGUCUGGUCAGCUGAGCGGCAUCACACGGUUCAGUGACAUCACAGCCCUGACGGGCGGAGAGGGACAGGACACGGAUAACCCGGGGCCCAAGAAGAAGAAGAAGAAACUAAUGAAGAAGAAAACUAAAAGAAAAGCUUUCAGAAGAUAGGAUCACGAAUGGAAUCCUAAAACCACAAAGCAGGAUGAAGAAUGAUGAUUUAGGCUAAAUGGGACAAUUUACUUGGAAUAGCUUUUCAGGAUUGUUUUGUGAUUGUAGGUGCUCAAACCAUGUGUAUUAUAAAGGAGAAUUUUACCCAAUGUUUUUUUUUUCUUAUAUUCUUAUAUUAUCAUUAGGCCUUGUUUGAUAUUCAGUCCUGUGUGCAUUUCAAGAUGAUGCUCCAAAACAUUUGAAUAUGCAAAUUCCCCCCAUUUUGAGUUCACAGGGCAGAUACGUUUUCCUUAUUGGGCAUCAAUGGUGACUGGUUAAGCCACACUUUCUGGACAAGGGAUUUAUACACUGCUCAAAAAAAUAAAGGGAACACUUAAACAA